CGAUUUUGGUGAUUAUCUAAUUAAUAAGACCACGUGCAUACGUAAAAGAUUAAAAUAUUAUUAAUUUUAUAAAAUAUUAAAUAAAUUAUUUUGUAAAACUAUAAAAUAUAUUCAAGAAAUGUCUACCGAGGAUGUAAUGGAAGGCAAUAAGAUUGCAGAAACAGAAUUACAAGAAUUUUUUAUGGCUGAGAAACAAAAAGCACAAAUUCAAGCUCAGAUUCACGAAUUCAACGAUAUUUGUUGGGAAAAAUGUAUUGAUAAACCAGGAGUCAAAUUGGACAGUCGAACGGAAACAUGCCUAAUUAAUUGCGUUGAUAGAUUUAUAGACGUUUCACUUUUAAUUACAAGUCGUUUUGCACAAAUUUUGCAAAAAUCUGUGGGAAACAUGUAAUAUUAAAUAAAUUGUCUAUAUAAUAGUUGUAUUGUUAUUACCAAAUACAGGAAAUGGAAUUA